AUGACCCUGACUGAGAAGAUCCUGGCCAACCACAGCGGCGGCAGCCCGGUCAAGCCCGGUGACAACAUCUGGACCAGGGUGGACAAGCUCAUGACUCACGACGUGUGCGGCCCGGGCACGUUCGGCAUCUUCCAGAAGGAGUUCGGCGAGGCCGCGCAGGUGCGCGCGGGGGCGGCGGCGGGGCAGGGGGCAGAGGGACGGCGGCGGGCGCGGUGCGCGUCCCAAGGCGCGGGGCUGUGGCUGUUUGUGUGGGACAACGAGCGCGUCGUCAUCAUCCCGGACCAUUACAUCUUCACCAGCGACCCCCGCGCCAACCGCAACGUUGACAUCCUGCGUGAGAUGGCUGAGAAGUACAACAUCAAGUACUUCUACGACAUCAAGGACAGGUCCAACUUCAAGGCCAACCCCGACUACAAGGGUGUGUGCCACGUCGCCCUCGCCCAGGAGGGCCACUGCAAGCCGGGGGAGGUGCUGUUUGGCACCGACAGCCACACCUGCAACGCCGGCGCGUUCGGCCAGUUCGCGACGGGCGUGGGCAACACCGACGCCGGGUUCAUCCUCGGCACCGGGAAGCUGCUCAUCAAGGUGCCGCCGACCAUGCGGUUCCAGCUUGAGGGGGAGAUGCCGGAGUACCUGCAGGCGAAGGACCUGAUCCUCCAGAUCAUCGGGGAGAUCAGCGCCAUGGAGUUUGGCGGCAGCGCGGUGGAGCGGAUGAACAUGGACGACCGCAUGACCAUCUGCAACAUGGUGGUCGAGGCCGGCGGCAAGAACGGCGUCAUCGCCCCCGACCAGACGACGUUUGAUUACGUCAAGGCGCGGACCAGCGAGGCCUUUGAGCCGGUGUACACUGAUGCGGGCGCGAGCUUCUGCGACGACUACAGGUGGGACGUGUCGAAGCUGGAGCCGCUGGUGGCCGCCCCCCACAGCCCCGACAACCGCAAGCUCGCGCGCGAGUGCAGCGACGUCAAGAUUGACCGCGUCUACAUCGGCAGCUGCACAGCUCCUGCUGCCCUAUAG